AUGUCCAAUGCCAGUUCCCUCACAGAGUUCUACUUAUUUCAAUUUGUAAACAUGCAGGAGCUGCAGCUCUUGCACUUCUGGAUCUUCCUGGGCAUCUACCUGGCUGCCCUCCUGGGCAACGGUCUCAUCAUCACCACCAUCGUUUUCAUGGUGGUGUCCUAUGUGCAGAUCUUCAGGGCUGUGCUGAGGAUCCCCUCUGAGCAGGGACGCCACAAAGCCUUUUCCACAUGCCUCCCCCACCUGGCUGUGGUUUCCCUGUUUAUAAGCACAGCCAUGUUUGCCUACCUGAAGCCCCCGUCCAUCUCCUCUCCAGUUUUGGACCUGGUGGUGACAGUUCUGUAUUCAGUGGUGCCUCCAGCAUUGAACCCCCUCAUGUACAGCAUGAGGAACCAGGACCUCAAGGAUGCCCUAUGGAAACUCAUUCAAUGGACACAGUUUCACUGA